AGAGAUUGGCCAGUUGCAUGUUCGAGAAUAAUUUUUGGGCCGAGUUAACAACAAUGAAAAAAGCAUGGCGGCAGAAUCGCCAAAACAGAAAAAGAUCAGGCUACAAAACAGGUAUGACAGGUCACCAGAAUGGGAAACUGUCUUCAAUUUAGCAUCAACACAAUUAGUUUAUCCAGCGUUUGCUAUUCUGCAACUUGGACCAGACUGUAAUGCGAGUACGAGUGCCUUGUUUCCGGAUGUCAGGUGCGACUUCAGGAAAGUGGGCCCAGCAGGGAGCUCUUCUCUGUACAUGAUCGACUUCGACGAUGUCUUCACAAAAGGGAUCGAUCUAUUGCUGGACCUGAGAGAUCAAUCGCGGGAACUGAAUGAGGACGAGCAAAGAGCGGUUGACAUACUUGAUAAUUAUUUUAAAGAGAAAGAAUGUCAUGAACUAAGUCUUAGUCAAGUUUUGGGAGGACUUGAAUCGACAGAGGAGAGGAGUCAGGAAACAGAUGAAUUGACCCUCGCUCUGGCUGAACAUUUAUUGAGGAGACUAGCACCAGGACAGUCUUGUGUAAUUAAUGAGCAAUUAAAAGUGAAAGUCGAGGCAGGAAAAUGUCAGUGUGGUCUGGAUCAUUGUAAAAGAACACCAAUAUUUGAGAGCACAGGGAUAGGAGAAGACUCCACCUGGCACGGUUUUCCAGACAUCAUAUGUUCCUCACAGUCAGCUGCUGUUGUAUCUAGAAGUGAAUCACAGGGUAUGUGGAGACUCUGCGAAAAAUCUCAUGACGAAGUAACCCUUCACACCAUUAUUGAGUAA